GUCAUUAAUCUUUUCUAACCGCCGCCGUUUUGUUUUUUGCCGAGAUUGUUGUUUUGCCCUAACAAAAUGGCUGAAAAUAAUAAUUUUAAGAAAGGCGGUCCUUUUAACAACGAAAACAACAAACAAGAUGUUAAGAUGGAUCGUCGCAGAGAUAACAGACAAGACAACAGAAGACCACCAGGUCGUAAUCAAAAUGAUAAUCAGUGGGGCCGGAAAGAUGCAGUGAAAGAAAAAUUGGAGCUAAUGAGUGGACCUACAACCAAUUUGGUUAGUAAAGAUGGAGUUUCUGCGAAAAAGUUUACUGGUCGCUGUCGUUUGUUUGUGGGAAAUUUGCCUACAAAUAUCAGUGAAGAAGACUUCCGCAAAAUGUUUGAACAGUUUGGCGAAAUUGCAGAGGUAUUUCUCCAAAAACAAAAAGGCUACGGAUUUGUCAAAUUGGAUACUCGUCAGAAUGCUGAAACUGCUAAGGCAGCUUUGGAUUUCUCGAUGAAAGAUGGUAAACAACUUAGAGUGAGAUUUGCUACACAUGGAGCUGCUUUAAAAGUGAAAAAUCUUUCACCUUGGGUCUCUAAUGAGUUGUUAGAGGCAGCUUUUUCUGUUUUUGGUGAAGUUGAAAGAUCAGUUGUUAUUGUUGAUGAUCGAGGAAAGCCAGUAGGUGAAGGUAUUGUUGAAUUUGCAAGGAAACAAUCUGCACAUAUGGCUAUCAAACGAUGUACUGAGGGAUGUUAUUUGCUUACUAGUUCACCUCGUCCUGUUGUUGUUGAACCUUUGGAACAAAGAGAUGAAGAGGACGGUCUUCCUGAGAAGAAUUUUCAAAAAGGCAAUAAAGAUUAUUUGAAAGAACGUGAAAUUGGACCCCGUUUAACUGAACCUGGUACAUUUGAACAUGAAUUUGCUAACCGUUGGAAGAAACUCUAUGAACUGGAACAACAAAAGAGAGACCACCUUGAAAAAGAAAUUGAAGAGGGCAGACGACAACUAGAUGAACAGAUGGAAUUUGCUAUUUAUGAACAUGAAGCAAAUCUUCUGAGAGAAAGAUUGCGUCUUAUGGAAGAACAAAGCAGCAUUAUUCAGCGUGAGAGAGAAAUGCGAAGAGAAGAAGAAAUAAGACGUGAAGAAUCUCGCCGUGCAGAGGAAAUGCUUCUUCGCCAACAACAAGAAGAAAUCUUGAGAAAUAAUUUAAGACGAAGACAAGAAGAAAAUAUGAUGAUGGGGGGUCCACCUGGUUAUGGUGAAAGAAUGGAUAGGGAUUCUGCUAUGCGUGGAAUGCCGAAACAAGCACCGAUGUCCCCAUCAAGGGGUAUGGGUGGUCCCGGUUAUGGUCCUAAUGGCAUGAUGCAAGAACCUGGUAUGGGCAUGCCACCGGGGCGUUUUGAUCAGCCACCCAUGGGUGCAGGUUAUGCACCAGGUGGAGACCCCAUGGUUGAUAUGGGGGUUCCACCACCUGGACCAGGUCCCAGAGGCGGAAUGCAUGGACCGAUGCCACCACAUGAUAGAAUGGAUGAGAAGUACCCAAUGGAUGCUAAACGAAGGCGAUAUUAGCUAGUAUGAUGCAUGAAACUACCUUCUUUUUAUUAUCCCACUCAUUUAUCUGUAUCUGGUGUAUGACAAUAAAUUCAUUUUAUCUUAUUA